GCUGAUUCACUUUGUUCACAGUCAUUCGUUUCUUAUUGAAGUGGGUCAUCUGAACUAUCUGCCAUGAAGAAAAAAAGUCAGAUGUGGCUGUUCAACCAUGCCAUGUGCACUUUCUAUGCCUUUUGUGGUGUUCUCUUUGGCCUGUGCAGUCUCACCAGCCUGACAGCACUGAGCACGGUUUGCUGUAUGAAGGUCUGUUAUCCGGCUUACGGCAAUAAGUUCUCUCCCACAUGUGCUAGUGCAUUGCUAGCAUGUGUCUGGGUUUAUGCCCUCAUCUUUGCAGUGGCCCCUCUUGUUGACUGGGGCAGCUAUGGACCAGAGCCCUAUGGGACAGCUUGCUGCAUCAAAUGGAAAGCAUCAACCAGAGAAGCAAAAUCCUACAUCAUGGCCCUCUUUGUCUUCUGUUACAUCAUCCCUUGCCUCCUGAUCCUCAUCUCUUACUCACUCAUCCUUUGGACUGUGAAAGUAUCCCGAAGAGCAGUCAGGCAGCACAUAUCCUCACGGAAUAAAGCCAACAGCGUCCAUACUCUGAUUGUCAAGCUUAGUGUUUCAGUGUGCAUUGGGUUUCUUGCUGCUUGGACCCCCUAUGCUAUUGUUGCUAUGUGGUCAGCAUUUGGUGAUGCCAGCCAGGUGCCAGUCCUGGCCUUUGCCCUCUCUGCCGUAUUUGCCAAGUCUUCGGCAACCUACAAUCCUCUAGUUUAUCUGCUCUUCAAGCCCAACUUCCAGAAGUUCCUUUCCAAAGACCUGUCUCUGUUGCAGGCCGUCUGUGCUGUCUUCUGUUGCAGCCGGCCCAGGAUCAUCACCCUCCAGUCCUUCCCCACACGUGAUGGUAGGGCUUCCAUGAAGUUCUCCACUGCUUUCACCGACCACCGUGGAUCCUGCAGGAACUGCACUGACACUUUUGAAUGUUUCAGUAACUAUCCCCGGUGCUACAGGCUCACUCAGAAGCCGGACACAACCACCAAGCCCAAGCCCCUGGCAAUUCUGGCAGAUGGAACUACUUGCCGGCCAAGUCUGAAGAGAACCGUGCAGGUCAUGGUGCUCGUUACAAGGAAGAAGACUGGAAUGGGGACUAGGAAUGUGGCUGGGGAUGUUCUGCCUUCAAACAUUGUGAGAGAUCUUAUGUGAGCAUGGGAAAAGGCAAGGGUUCAAAGGCAGGGGUAGCCCCCUUUCUGCCUAGACCAAACCAGAAUCUCUGAUUGCAAUCUCAAAGUCCAACUUUUGUCCAUUUGUAUAGUGGUUCCCAAAGUGUGCUUUGCAGGUUAGA